CGGUUAUGUUGCCGACUUCACAGCGUAUCGCGUGAACGCCCCUGAAUCUGUCUGACUGUAUCUUAAGCAACACAACAAAAGAAGCGAAACUCGAGACACCCUUGAAGUGUUUUAUUAAUGGAAGACAGAAGACAGGAAAAAUAAUAUUCAUUAUGGGGGAUGAGGGCAUAGACUACAACAUUGUUUUUCCAGAAGCACCAAUCUCAGAGAAACACUGGCGCGGAUCAAAGGAGCCAGUCGUGAUUCUUUUAGGCUGGGCUGGCUGCAGAGACAAACAUCUUGCAAAAUACAGCUCGAUAUACAAUCAACAGGGAUGCGUGACUGUGUGCUACACAGCUCCUUUGAAGACAGUGUUUAUUUCCGAAUCAUUCGGAUAUGAAGAGCUAAGAAGCACUGCUCACAAAUUACUUGAACUUCUGUAUGACUAUGAGGUAGAGAACAACCCAAUUUUCUUCCAUGUUUUCAGCAACGGGGGCUUCGUGCUGUACCGCUACAUGGUUGAGUUAUUGCAAAGUCACCCUCAGUUUAGCACUCUAUGUGUGGUGGGCACAGUUGUGGACAGUGCGCCUGACAGUCAAAAUGUUAUAGGCGCCCUCAGAGCUCUCAAAACCACCUUAGGGCCCAAAGUCAACUUGGUACUGCAGUACGUCCUCCUGGCACUGUUUGCAGUGGCAGUUGUGCUUCUGAGGGUUGUCUUGUAUUCGGUGACCAAAUACUUUCACAAGAACCACUACGAUGCUAUGAUGGAGAAACCUGCACCUUGGCCUCAGAUGUACCUCUAUUCCAGAUCAGACAGGGUGAUCAGGUACAAGGAUGUGGAGAAGAUGGUUAAGGUGUUGAAGGAGAAGGGGCUGACCGUUGAAAGCUUUGAUUUUAUCACCCCUGCACAUGUGAGUUUAUACAGAGACUGUCCAGAAGACUAUUCCAGCAGGUGCAGGAUUUUUCUGACAGGCUGCAUGACUGCUUCAGUGGAGACCUCGGCAAAGAAACGUCUUUAGGUGCACUAGUGAUUAAUCGGUUUUUGAUCAGCCUUUAAAAUGUAUACACACACUCGGUACAUUUAUGUGUGCACUAACCAUCUUAUUUGUGAAAUGUAAACUACUGUUUAAUAACCUUAACUGAACUUAAACCCUAAAUGAAGUUUUAACAGGGGUUAACUUUGCACACUGAUCUUUUCUGUAUUUGUCUUAUGCUGUGAAUUAAACUGUAAUUUAAGGCUUGAUUUGUUACAUUGGUGGACGCUGUGAAUGGGUCGAUUUGUGUAUUUGGACAUUGUGAAUAAAUAAAUGUAUGUAUUUGA